CUCCUGUUGCUGUUGGUGUUGAUGACGUUGUUGUUGCUGCUCCUGCUGUUGCUGCUGUUGCUGUUGCUGCUGUAAAGCAUGAUGGAGCUCGGCUGCCUGCUGAAGCUGUUGAUGUUGCUGAUGCUCCUGCUGCUGAUGUUGAUGUUGAUGCUGCUGUUGCGGUGUCGGAGUUAUUAUAAAGGGUUGGCCGUUGUGCGCAGGUGGACUAGAGAGCACCACACCCUCCAUCGCGUAGCUUGUCAUGAUCUGACCAUUAGGCUCAUAGACCUGACUGGGAUGCGUAUACUCUCCCGGGUUGACUAAGGCUUGUUGCUGGCCCAUGGUUUGCAUAUGUUGCUGGAGCUGCUGUUGCUGAUGUUGUUGAUGUUGUUGUUGCUGUUGCUGUUGUUGCUGCUGUUG